GGGACCGGGACCGGGUCCUGGUCCUGCCGCGGAACCGGCCCCGCAGCCGGUCCCAGAACCGGCCGCCCCCGCCACAGCCGCGCUCUACGUGCACUGGCCCUACUGCCGCAAGCGCUGCUCCUACUGCAACUUCAACACUUACGUGGUGCCAGCGGUGGAUGAGGCGGCCGUGCGCGCCUGCCUGGUGCGGGAGGCACACACCCUGCUGCGCCUCAGCCAGGUGCACAGCAUCACCUCUGUGUUCUUCGGUGGCGGCACCCCCAGCCUGGCCAGCCCUCGCACCAUUGCGGCGGUGCUGGAGGCUGUGGCAGGGGCUGCCCAUCUGCCCGGCAGUGCCGAGGUCACGCUGGAGGCCAACCCCAGCUCCAUGGACACAUCACGGCUCACCGGCUUCAGGGCGGCUGGCGUCAACCGCCUCUCCAUCGGCGUCCAGGUGAGAGGGGCUCUCUCUCGCGGCCCUGCAGCACCCCAUGACCCCACUGUCACCACACUCCCUCCACAGUCGCUGGACGACGCCGAGCUGCGGCUGCUGGGCCGGGAGCACACGGCGGCGGAGGCACAGAAGGCCGUAGAGGCAGCGCGAGGGCUCUUCCCUGGCCGCACCUCCAUCGACCUCAUGUUUGGGCUGCCGGGGCAGAGCCGGGACACCUGGGCCCAGGGGCUGGAGGCGGCGCUGGGGCUCUGCGAUGACCACAUCUCCCUGUACCAGCUGACGCUGGAGCGGGGCACGGCACUGGCAGCACAGGUCCGGGGGGGGACCCUGCCCUUGCCCCCCCAGGACCUGUUGGCCGACAUGUACCAGACAGCCCGCACUGUGCUGGUGGCCGCCGGCUUCCGCCACUACGAGGUCUCCAAUUUUGCACGCAAGGGUGCCCUCAGCAAGCACAACCUCUCGUACUGGCGGGCUGACCAGUACAUCGGUGUGGGGCCAGGAGCACAUGGGCGCUUCGUGCCACAGGGUGAGGGCGGCUGCAGCCGGGAAGCCCGUGUCCAGACACUGGAGCCUGUUGCCUGGAUGCGGGAAGUGCAGAGCCAGGGACACGGCACCAGGAGUCGGGUGGUGCUGAGCCCGCUGGAGCAGCUGGAGGAGGUGCUCACCCUGGGACUACGCACAGAUGAGGGUGUCACACACGAGUGGUCUGCGGUGCACCUGGGCCGGCCUGGCCGUGCUGGACUCGCUGCUGCCCGACCUGCUGUGCCAGCUCCAGCGGUGUUGGGCACUGCCCGGUGCCCACCGAGGGGGAACCCAGCAGGGGACAGACACAGAUGGACACGGUGGCCAGAAUGUGGGGUCUGCAAGAAGGAAAAGACCUCUGAACAGCCCAGUUCAGCAAUUUCAGAAGAGCCUGAGCCCGAGCCUGAGCCUGAGCCCAAGCCCGAUCCAAAUGUUCUGCAAGGAGAGGAUAUCCAGGCACUUGCAAUUAAGGUGGAGGACCUGCAGAAAGUUCAUGCUCCACGCCUUCCCCAUGAUGCUGGGAGAGUUCCAGUUAGGAAGAAUUACCUCGUUCGAAAAUACCGACCCAAGGAGGUGACAUAUCUUGUAGCACAUCCCGCUUCCCCCAAGGCACCCAGGCAACCACUGACUUUUCCUGGACCAAAAGAGUUUGCUGAUGGCUGCGAAGAGAUUCUUCCUCAUCACAUUUUGGGAAGUGUCCAGGAGUUUAAGAUGGAAGUCUGGGCCAGAAGAAGCACUCGGACAGCAGAUGUUAUUGAGGUUCCUCGUCCAGAUGUUACUGCAGCAGCUUUGAAAGAGAAACAUGGAGGAGAGAAGAAGCAAAAGGCUCCUCAGGCCCAACUAGCAGGGCACAGAGCUCUCCAGAACUGGAGCCAUCAUAUGGCAAUCAGGAAAAAGCAGGAGAAACACCUAGGAGAAAUUCUUCAGAAGCCAGAGAAUGAAUUGAUGAUGAACAUCGCGGAGAAUUACAGGCAAGUCAUGGAAGAAAGGGACCUCAUUGACCGGAGUCUCCCCUACCUCCAUCCUGGAAAGGGAUUCCGAGUAGGAAGUGAGUUCUGGAGCCAGCCCGACCGUAUUGGAGAUGAACUCACCGGCCUGAUGCUGACACUGACUCGGACAGAACGUGGGGACCGAGAGCCAAUCACUCAUGUGGGCAAACCCUGCACUGUCCAGAAGGAAACAGCUCUGAAGCCCCCAACGAAGAUUCCUUGCCAUCUAACCUGGGAUAAGAGUCUUUUCCUGAAACAUCGGCGGCAGGAGCUGAAAUCUGUCCUGGAGGAGCUGGGUUUUUAUAAGCCGGAUCUGGAAGGACUGGAGCUGAUUGGUAAAGGGCAGCCAUUCACAUCUGUCUCAGCAGAGGCUUCUCCAUGUUCCGCUUCUCCAUGUUCCACUCCUCCUGAAGAGAUUGACAGUGACUCCUGCAAUGUGGCUCCAGAAGAAGAAAAGCAUCUAUCUUUAGUUUUCUGUGGCAAGCCUGCUCGUUGGAUCAAGGGCAUCACUUCUUGCAGGAAUGAAAUUGGUGUUGCUGCCCGGCUCACCUUCGAGACUCUGGCUGGUGAGGAGGCCGAAAGCUUCCUGACGGUGAGCAAUGAUGGCACAGCUGCCAUCUGGUACAGCUGGAUGAGGCUGCCCCAGCAGAUUCCCUCCAGAGAAACCAAGGGGAGGAGGAUGCCAUGUUUUUACUUUGAUACCAGACCAGGUGUCAUUUUGCCUGGAGAAACUCGGAGGUUUUCCUUCCUUUUCAAGUCGAGGAGAGCAGGCAUUUUCAGUGAGCCCUGGGAAUUUAGGACACAUCCUCUGUUAUUAGGAGGAGCUCUGCUGCAGGUGACCCUUUGGGGAAUUGCUGUGUAUGAGGAUAAAUUGGCUGACUUCAGAGAGAAUCUGGAGAGUGACCUGGCUGCUCGAGAAGGUGCUGCUAUUGUCAAAGACAAUCUCAGUGAACUUCUUGACCAAGUUCGGACCCCGGAGCGCACCCCAUCUCCUGCCUGUGCCACCGAGGAAGAGUUGUUCCACAGGAAGAAUCCCGGGUUUUAUUAUCAGUAUCAAGUGGUAAAGCAGCUGCACAAACUAUGGAGACAGUACAUGACUGUGCCUUCAGCCUUCGAGGAGAAAGUGCCCUCGGACCAGAGGAGCACUGCAGAGGAGGACACAGAGUACCAGGAGAGCACUGUGGAGCCUCUCCCUGCUCGGAGCAGCACCACGGAGCUCCCAGGUGGGAAGAACUCACUAGAGGAGGCUCUGAGGCAGAAGAUGAGCACUGAGGAGGAAGAAGCAGACCCGUCAGGAUGGAACCUUUCCCUUGACGACUUUAAACAGGCCAUAAUGUCAAUCCCUGGGGAAGAGCAGCGGGAAGAAGCACUGACCCAGCUCAAUAAGGCAGCUCUGGAGCUGUGUGUUGAACAGAGGCCAGUUCAGUCAGACCUUCUGUAUCCACUCUGCCUCCAGCUGUGGCGGGGAGCAGUUGAUGACAUGGUGAGUCACGCUCUGAGGCUGAGAUCCCUGUAUGGCUUGCUUAAGAAGGACACCUAUGCAGAUGCUGUUCCAGAGGAAACAGAGGAAGUAAAGCAAGGAGGAGAAAAAAAAGGAGGAAAGGAAGACAAAAUAGCCACUAAGAAAGAAGAGAAAAAGGAUAAAGAACGCAAAAAAAGUAGAGCGACACCAGGGAAAGAGAAAGUGGAACAUCAAGGCAGCAGAAAGCUGAAAGCGAAGGAUGAGAAGCGGACACCUUCCAUUGCAUCAGUGAAGGUGAAAGAGGGAGCAGAGCCCCCAAAAGUAAAAGAUGAGAAGCGGGUAUCUGCUGCUUCAUCACUGAAGGAGAAAGAGGGAGCUGUAACUACAGAGGGAGUAGAACCUCCUCAGGAGCAGGUGGACUCUGUUUCAUUUGGAAUAUACCAGGAAAAACUCUAUAUUGAAGUUUACAAGCUGCUGGAUUCAAUGGUGAGUGAAAUGGUGUCUUUAUUUGAGGAUCUAAAGCAAUAACGUGCUCUGCAGUGGGAGAGGAGAAACCAUUUGCAUGUAGAAAUAGCUUUAAAAAAAUAAAUAAAUAACCAUAUGUACACAGA